AUGUCAGCAAUACUUGGACAAUGCCGCAAGAAGGACUCAAUGUUUUCUAUCGCUUCUUCCGUGAUCGAAUAUCCUGGUUCGAAGCAGAUGCCGUUUGCCAAUUCCAUCAUGCCAAUCUGGUGACAGUUGAUAAUAGCUUCCAAUUUGAUGCAACAAGGGACCUUUUGCGCGAGCUGGAUGUGAAUGAUAUUGUUUGGAUCGGUUUGAUGAGGCCGCAGAGCUCAGAACGUUUUAUGUGGUCCAAUUCUCGCCCACUGGUCACCGACACUGGCUACUGGGCCGAAUCGUUGCCACUAAUGGAUGCACCACUCUGCGCCGUCAUCGACCCCAUACGCGAUUAUCGUUGGCAUGCGCUGCGCUGCGGCGGCCCCGAGACUGCAUCGUUCCUCUGCGAAAUGCCGGUGCCUUCCUGGGCUGACGCUUGCAUACUCAAGGAUAUGCCCAAUCUGACUAUGCAAUAUAUGGCUGAUACGGCAAGCAUUGAAUUGAUACGGAAUUGUGCAGAGGAGGGCCUGUUAAAGCAGUCGUGCAAAGGAAAGCAGGAUCGCGAUCGAGCUUUGCGUGACCUGAUCUGUCCUCGCGAACGUCUCGAAGCUCAACGCAUCAACGACAUAACCAAUUCUCACUUCAAAUCACUCCAAAUCAUCAAUAGUAUUCGCACGGACAACAACGAAAACAACGAUAUCGAACUUCUACCGCUAGGGGAAACCUCUUAUGGCUCGGCCAGCAGCAGUGACCUCUCUGAGCAGGUACAGACUGAAAAGAAUACUGUACAACGACUCAUCGAGCAAUUCAAUGUGGACGAACUGAUGCAGGCUGAUGAGGCGCCAAUUCCCAUGAGCAAUUACCAUAUACCAGGCGAGAUACCGAAACCGGUGAAGAAGGCAGCCAAGAAGGUGAUUGUGACUAGCGACGGUGAUUACCAGAAAAAGAAUCGAGCACAGAAAUAUGAUGAAACCAUUCAAUUACCACCACCAACGCCAAAACCAAAGAAGCAACAACAGUUAUUGGCUUUGGAAGAUAUGAUGCUAGGCGAUCAACCACAACAAAGCGGUGAACCGGAAAUGAUGGAGCCCGUUGGCCCCGAAGAUGAUGAGGUGUCUAAUGAAAUAACAGAACCAUUGCCGCACAAGAAAAAAGUGCUCCCGCAAGAUCUAAAGACAAUGGCGCCCUUAACCGAGAAGUCGUCGGAGGAGACAGUGAGCGAAGAAAAGCAAGCGCAGAGAAUGAAAGAGGAGAUGCAGAAAAGAGUACUUUUUGAUGCCACUUUGGCAACCACUAGCACAACAAGCAGCAAUACAGUAGUACCCAUAGCUAGAACAACAACAACUACUACCACCACUACUACCACAACCGCAGCACCGACAACAGUCGCGCCCAGCAGCACUGGAAUACCAACAUUGGCCCCGUCUUCAAGCAUCACCCAAAGUGCAAAUGUAAAUCAAGCUAAAAUAACAACUCAGAAGGAUGGAGUCAGUUCAAGCACUGAAACAGCGUCCACUAUUACGCCUCCAGUUCAUCCAGCACCUGUUACAACUACAAGCGCGCACUCUUCAACCGAGUCGGAAUCGCACGUAUAUUCCUCUUCAAUGCCCAGCAGCUCAUCAGCUCCUCACACGUCUCCUAAAUCAAUUGAUUUCGAUGAAUUUGCUACUGAGUUACCCGCAACCAUAGGCCAUCCAAUGCAUCCACAACAACAGCAACAGCGAGGCAAUAUUAUGAGCGAGGAGUCGCAGCAUCCACAUGUAAAGGAAUCUGCGGACAAUUCGCAUUUCAUACCACCCAUGUUGUUGGUGAAGUCGCAUUAUGUGCCACCGCUGAAGCAUAAUGAGCAUUCGGGUGCUGAGCACCAUGGCAAUGGGAUGCAUGAGGGAGCGGUUAUGCAUGCUGGGCAUGGGGAGCUCACAGUGGGUGCGGGUAAACCCAGUGAAGGUGUAUCCCACCACAGCACUCCAACCAACCACACACACCCUGUAUCAACGCCAAGUCAUGCGACAACUGUGAAAGCUGAUAAAUCUGAUCUUGAAGCGCAGACUACAAUAACGCUGACCACCACAAUGGCAGCAAUAAAACCAGCAGCAGCAGCAGUAGCAACAACAAUACCCACAAAAGCUGAUGUUGACGUUUUGACAAAGCAGCCGACCGAUGAAUUGUCAGUAAAAGAACAACAGCAGCCAACUGCGAAGUUAAUUGACGGCACGACUGUGACAGCAAAACCACAACAACAGCAACAAAGCGGCGAACAAACUAGUAUUAAAGCUCAGCCACAAGCUGAAAGUAUUACAGAGAAAAUACGAAAAAAUAACGAAGAAGUUAUUGCAACUACAACAACAACAGCAACACCAACAACAACAACAACGACAGGCUCACAUACGCCUACAACGCCAUUAGCCACGGUCGCAUCCGCUGCUAACAAGCACCAUUCAACAACAUCGCCGUCAACAAUAACAGCAACAACAACAAUAAAAACGCAGACGACAGUAAAAACAACAGAAUCGGCAACCACAAUGAGAACUGCUGACGCCGUCGUGACACAUGAAAUUGAGAAGUCAGUUAAGCGGAACUCGCAGACAAAGGACUCUGAGGAGCUUACAAAAGAAAUGACAGUGAAGACAACUAAUAUAGCAGCGGAAACCCCGGUCACCACAGCAAUAGCAACAGCAGGGGCAGAUGAAUUGCAAACAAUGAAGGGCCCAAGCACAGCACAUAAGCUACUACUCGACGAGCAAACAAAAGCAACGACAACAACAACAGCAGCAGCAGCCGCAGCAAUACCAGGCGGAAGCGCAGCUAUGGUGACCGGAGUGCCAUCAACGCCAACCUUGGCUACAGUGACUACAACUACUGCUGCCGCUACCGCUUCGGCAGCAACAGCCACACAUACAAUAACAACAACUACAGCAUGCAACAGUGACACAGAUAUGGAGUCGACAACUGCCAGCGGCGCUACAGACGAGAGUUCUGCAACCGAAGGCGCCGAUGGCAAGAAGCUGACGCGUGUACACCGCACUUGCCAGCCACGCAUCGAGAAAAGCAGAGGCAAGCAUAAGAAUCAUCAUGCCGCAACUACCGAACAGCCAACGCCGACACGGAACUUCUUAAAAGAAACCACAGAAACGCCACCCUACAAGCCAAAUCGUCAUCGCGUGCUGACCCAGCCGGAAACUGUCAGCUAUUUUAAGAAAAUAUUAGGUUAAGCGGAAAAUGGCGAGCGAUAGACGGAUAGGCAGGACGGAAGAAAGGAAGGUAAAUGGACGAAAGUGAGCAAUGUGGUGGAAGGUAGUGAUGCAGAGAUAAAAGAAGCGAAGGGGCAAGCGAAAAGGCUUAGAAAUGAUUUACUUGGCAUCACAUACGAGCAAGGAGAGGUAAAAUAAAAUUGUACGUAGGUAUAAAGCAGCUAAGUUUUUUAGGUAUGAAUACAUAUAAGAGGCAUAGUAGCAGCCGUAGAAGUAGUCGAGAUGACGCGCAGUGAAAAGAGUAGCUGGAAAAGUACAGCUUAAGCUAAAACAUACAAGAAAAAGUGCAGCAGUAGCAGAUCAAAGUGUUGCGAGCAGCAUUUCUUUGUUUUCAAACCGGGAAACCAAUGAAAAACAAAAAAAAGAAUCUAUGGGUUAUGAAUGAAAUAUUAAGGUAGCAUGUCAAUUUUGAGAGCUAAGAUAGAUAUGGAUUGGAAAGGGUUUAGAAAAUGCAUCUAAGCAACAUAAAUUCAUUUCGCAAAUUUCGAUGGAGUCUUUGAAUUGUGCACCGGUUUUAUAAUA